AUCCCUAGUCGCCACAUUGUCCCCACACAUUUUGGCUACUCUGAAUGAGAAACCACUUUGACCCGGUCACCUGAAAAUGCUACGUCAGCCAGUUCCGGAACUGCGCAGUUUUCAGUCCCUCUCUAAAUAUGCAGGCGGACCGAGAUCAGUUCUCGGUAGGAGAACAUCAGCAAUCACAGUCAAUCGAAGACAAUCACAAUCGACACGACGACAUGAGGAUGUUGAGGCACUGGGCUCGAUCGAAGGCUCGAAAGAAACUCUGCAGCUGUCGGAACACGGACGAUUGGCCUCCUCCUCGGAGGCCUCCCCUUCUCGGUGGGAGGGCCGACAGAUCGAGUGGGGGAAUGAAGAGCAAAUUGAAGAGGAAAGUGAACUUCCGUAUCCGGGGUUUGCUGAGCCAGCACUUCGAUGUUUUUAUCAAGCCAGACCUCCAAGGAAAUGGGCGCUUCAAAUGGUGAUGAGUCCUUGGUUUGACCGAAUAACAAUGGCUGUGAUUAUGAUUAAUUGUGUAACCCUCGGGAUGUACAGGCCUUGUGAAGAUGGUCCAGACUGUGACACUUACCGGUGUCAAAUCCUUGAUAUAAUUGACAAUUGCAUAUUUGUCUAUUUUGCAUUUGAAAUGGUGAUAAAAAUAAUGGCUCUAGGGUUUUACGGUCCUGCGGCUUAUAUGUCUGAUACAUGGAAUCGUCUGGACUUUUUCAUUGUUAUGGCAGGAAUCGCUGAGUUUGUAUUACACGAGUAUCUCGGAGGAAACAUCAAUUUAACAGCAAUCAGAACGGUUCGAGUACUGAGGCCGCUUCGAGCGGUCAAUCGAAUACCAUCGAUGAGGAUUUUAGUCAAUUUGUUACUCGACACAUUACCCAUGCUUGGAAAUGUGCUUCUUUUAUGUUUUUUCGUUUUCUUCAUUUUUGGAAUUGUUGGUGUUCAAUUAUGGGCGGGUUUAUUACGAAAUCGAUGUGUCAUUAAUUUACCAAAAACAAUAUCGGAGAAUCAAUCUGCGUUGUUCAACAAUGUAAAACUGACAAGGUUUUACAUUCCGGAAGACACAUCGCUAGAAUAUAUUUGCAGUCAACCAGACGCAAACGGGUUACACACUUGCUCAAAUCUUCCACCAUACACUGUCGACGGAGUGAAGUGUAACCUUACACUAGAUGAAUACGACAAAGUAACGAACGACUCUUGUAUCAACUGGAAUAUUUAUUACAACGAAUGUCAGGUGAUGCAACGAAAUCCAUUUCAAGGAUCAGUUUCUUUCGACAAUAUCGGUUUUGCGUGGGUCGCUAUUUUUCUCGUCAUAUCACUUGAAGGGUGGACGGAUAUAAUGUACUAUGUACAGGACGCUCAUUCUUUUUGGAAUUGGAUCUAUUUUGUUCUUCUCAUUGUGAUCGGUGCUUUUUUCAUGAUCAAUCUAUGCCUUGUUGUUAUUGCUACUCAGUUUGCUGAAACAAAGCGGCGGGAGACUGAACGAAUGCUACAAGAACGAAAAAUGCUACUAAAUAGAGAUUCUAUAUCGUGUACUGGAAGUGAGAUUGGUGGCGCUUCUUCCAAAGAAGAAGGAGAUACUGUUUAUGCAGCUUUUGUUAGAUUUAUCGGACACACCUUUCGGAGAACAAAACGAGCAGCGAAAAAAAAGUACACUGCCUACAUGGAAGAAAGAGCAGAGCGAAAAAGUUCCGAACGACAACAACGGAGGAAGUCAAAACUUGAUGAUAUGGCCACACUUUCAAGGAUCGAGGAAAAAGCUGAAGACGAAGAAGAUGAAACCACCAUAACUCGUGAAAACGGAGAUGAUCAAAUCGAGCAAAAUGGUGAUGGAGUCCGGAUAAAGCGCGUAAAAAUUGAAGAAGAACCCAAGAUCAAAAUAGGAAACGGUAAUUCGAAUGGACCGCAUUACAAACACUCCAGCAGCGAUGAAGAAUCUGAUGAGGAUGGCGAAGAGGACCAAGUUUACGAUGGGGAAGAAGCCAAGAAGAAGAGUACACCUUCCAAGCUCUGGUGGUUUCGAGAAAAAAUUCAGAAAUUCGUUAUUUGUGAUCACUUCACUAGAGGGAUUCUUGUUGCAAUUUUGGUGAAUACGUUGAGCAUGGGUGUGGAGUACCAUCAACAACCGGAAAUAUUAACUGUCAUUCUGGAAUAUUCGAAUUUAUUUUUCACUGCUUUGUUUGCUUUGGAAAUGCUUCUUAAGAUCAUUGCAAGUGGAUUGUUUGGUUAUUUAGCUGAUGGAUUCAACCUUUUCGACGGAGGAAUUGUCGCAUUGAGUGUUCUUGAGUUAUUUCAAGAAGGUAAAGGAGGUCUAUCAGUUCUUCGUACUUUUCGCCUUCUUCGAAUUCUGAAAUUGGUUCGCUUCAUGCCUGCUCUUCGAUAUCAACUGGUUGUGAUGCUCCGAACAAUGGACAAUGUCACUGUGUUUUUUGGACUUUUGGUUCUUUUCAUCUUUAUCUUCAGCAUUCUCGGAAUGAAUCUGUUUGGGUGCAAAUUUUGCAAAGUCGAAGAGAAAUUUCUUGGAGGCCUUGCGAAAAAGUGUGAAAGAAAAAACUUUGACACGUUGCUCUGGGCGCUGAUCACUGUUACUCUUGGGAUGGUGUUGUUUGGAUGCAAGUUCUGCAAUCAUCCAGAUACAGGACUACAGUGUACCAGCGCUCAAGUUAUCUCGAGUAUUUGUGAAUGUGAUCGGAUGAAUUUUGACAAUUUUUUGUUUGCUACAGUAACUGUGUUUCAGAUUCUUACACAAGAAGAUUGGAACAUGGUUUUAUUCAACGGUAUGGCUCAAACAAACCCAUGGGCAGCUCUUUACUUUGUGGCGCUCAUGACAUUUGGUAAUUACGUUCUUUUCAACUUACUUGUAGCUAUCUUGGUAGAAGGAUUCCAAGAAAGCAAGGAAGAAGAAAAGCGACAAUUGGAAGAGGAUGCGAGAAAGCAAGCUGUAGAAGAAGAAGACGAAAGAAAGCGAGAAUUGGAGCUUAUAAUUGCCAAAACAACGUCACCUGCUUUCAAUAAUGGAGUAGCACCUGCAGAAUGUACUUGUCAAAGACCAUCCUCCCCGGAAGAAUCACCAUCUCCGAGAUUGCUGUCUGCAAAUUACCACCCAUCUCCUGAAAGGAAACACUCUGCAAAUUUGGAUGCCAUCAUUGAUAAAAGAUUAGUUCUAAGAAAUUCGGCACCUUUCGAUAGAUCACCAGUAUCUGAAGGACGUGAUGAUUCUAGACUCAAUCGUCACGCCAGUCUUGUACUUCCUGUCGCUAAUGGAGUUCCGUAUCGGCGACAAAGAGUUCACAGUUGGAGUGGGCUUUGUCAUCAUUUCAAUCCGAACUGCCCUGUACAUGGAAGAAGAGCACUCAUUGAAACUUAUGCACGAGAAAAAUUUCUAGAAGCUAGUCAAGAGCUAAAACAGGCUCUCGCUGAGGAAGAAAAAAGAAAUGAAGCCAAGCAAAACACGUUUGUGAGAAAACUUUUGAAAAAAACGUGCCUUCACAACCGAACUGAAUUUUCACUAUUUCUUAUGGGCCCAAAAAACCCGCUACGCAUAAAAUGCCUACAAACAACUCAAAAGAAAUGGUUCGAUUACACCGUAUUGUUUUUCAUUGGAAUCAACUGUAUAACACUGGCUAUGGAACGACCAUCAAUUCCUCCUGAUAGUUUUGAAAGGCAAUUUCUUCAUAUUUCUGGGUACAUUUUCACAGUGAUUUUUACUGGUGAAAUGAUGAUGAAGGUUAUUGCAAAUGGUUGUUUCAUUGGGCAAGCAGCGUAUUUUAAAGAUGGUUGGAACAUUCUCGAUGGAAUUCUUGUUGUCAUUUCCUUAAUCAACAUUGCGUUUGAACUUCUGGCAACUGGCGAUUCUCCAAAAAUAUUUGGUGUUAUAAGAGUGUUAAGGCUACUUCGUGCAUUGAGGCCUUUACGAGUUAUCAAUAGGGCUCCGGGAGUUAAGCUUGUAGUAAUGACAUUAAUAUCCAGUCUGAAACCUAUCGGAAACAUUGUUCUGAUUUGCUGCACAUUCUUCAUUAUCUUUGGCAUCCUCGGUGUUCAGUUGUUCAAAGGUAUGAUGUACCAUUGCAUUGGACCUGAAGUUGGAAACGUUACAACAAAAGCGGAUUGCAUUGAAGAUUACCGAAACAAAUGGGUUAAUCAUCGUUACAACUUUGACAACCUCGGUCAGGCUCUUAUGUCACUUUUCGUUCUUUCAAGUAAAGAUGGAUGGGUCUCGAUCAUGUAUCAAGGAAUCGACGCUGUAGGGGUUGACGUGCAACCAAUUGAGAAUUACAAUGAAUGGAGAAUGAUUUACUUUAUUUCAUUCUUAUUGCUUGUUGGAUUCUUUGUGCUGAACAUGUUCGUAGGAGUUGUGGUUGAGAACUUUCAUAAGUGCAAAGAAGCAUUGGAAAAAGAAAUGAGAGAAAAAGAGAAAGAAAAGAGGCUGAAGAGAAAGCUGAAACGGCAGAAGUUUGAGGAGAGUAUGGCUGGAAAACGGAAAAAAAUGGAAAGGAAUUAUCCUUAUUACCAUGAUUAUGGUCAUACAAGGCUUUUCUUGCACGGAAUUGUCACCUCCAAAUACUUCGACCUAGCGAUCGCCGCAGUAAUUGGUAUCAAUGUCAUAUCUAUGGCUAUGGAGUUCUAUAUGAUGCCAAUGGGACUGAAAUACGUUCUCAAAGCUCUCAAUUACUUUUUCACAGCAGUCUUCACACUAGAAGCUGCUAUGAAGCUGAUUGCUUUGGGUUUUAAACGUUUCUUUAUUGAAAAAUGGAAUCGCUUGGAUAUGUUCAUUGUUAUUUUGUCUAUUGCGGGCAUAAUUUUCGAAGAGUUUGAAGCUCUCGAACUUCCAAUUAAUCCAACAAUCAUUCGUGUCAUGCGAGUGCUCCGGAUAGCCAGAGUUCUGAAACUGCUGAAAAUGGCCAAAGGAAUUCGAUCAUUGUUGGACACAGUGGGAGAAGCGUUGCCCCAGGUUGGAAAUCUCGGGUCUCUGUUCUUCCUUCUUUUCUUCAUAUUUGCUGCACUUGGUGUUGAACUGUUUGGAAAACUGGAGUGCUCUGAAGAUCAUCCGUGUGAUGGAUUAGGAGAACAUGCGCAUUUUAAAAAUUUUGGAAUGGCUUUUUUAACACUCUUUCGAAUAGCGACGGGUGAUAAUUGGAAUGGAAUUAUGAAGGAUGCCCUCCGUGAUGACUGUGAUUCCUCCGAUCACUGUGAAACAAACUGCUGCGUUGAUCCAAUCCUGGCACCAUGCUUCUUCGUAAUUUUCGUCUUGAUCUCACAAUUUGUACUUGUCAAUGUAGUAGUCGCUGUACUUAUGAAACAUCUGGAAGAAAGUAACAAGCGAGAUGCGGAAGGACCGGCAGAACCAACAGGUGAAAACAUCGAGAACGAGAUCACAAAGUCCGACGAUGACGAAAUUGUGGAAGAACACGAACCACUCGCAAUUGAACAUGUUAAAGAGGGUGAACUUGAUGAAGAAGAAGAGACAGAAGAAGGUCCCACCACUCAAAUACCAGACGGGCAUGGUGGUAUUAAACGGUUAUCCAUGCAGGUUCUGGAACAAGAAUUAAUCGAAGUCGAGAGACAUUUGGAAGAAAGAUAUCGGAGGGCAAGCGAGUGUCUCGGCGGAGAACUUCAGCCUUUGAAUCCCGGAGAGAUCGAAGAUCUAGACGAUCCCGAGUUCAGACCACGGAGUAGAUCACAUAGACCACGAGCAAGAACAAACAGUGCGUUGAGCAAUAAAAGCCGUGGAUCACACAAGUCUGCUUUAUAGCCUAUUCACUUAUCAAGAAGAAAAUAUCAUCAACUUUUUUUGCAAUUUUUCAUAGUUGUAUAUCCACCCCACUUUUUAUGGAACCAUCUCAUAUUUAGAAUUCUUUGCUUUGCCAAAACCUUUGGUUGAUCAAUAUCAGAUUGUUCGUUUAUUACUGGUAACAUUUGUCAUAACUCAAAAAAUCCCUCUUUUUUCAAUUUCCCUCUGAACCUUUUUUAUCGCAUGUAUGAAACUUGUAUGAAAGAAUUUGAAACAAAUAAAACGAAACCUAUGCUUUUUUCAAUUGUCAACUUAUAUUUCCGGUCCAUGUUUCCUCUACUUUUCGCUUCUGCAUUUCAUUUGCCUUCCUGUUAGAAAUUAAAUCUACUUGAAAAAGAACUGCAUCUUCCAAAGUGUUCACUUCAAACUGAUCUUUUCUGAUGUUUAAUAUUGUUCGAAAUUCUAAUAUCAACUAUUUUCUUGGUUUAUUGCUUUUUUGUCUUUUUGUCUUUUUGUCUUCUUUCUUUCAUUCAUUAUUGAAAAAAUGAAUAAUUGUUUUU